AUGAAAUCUCAAUUGGUUUUAUUUUCCCUAGUUUCAAUUGUAUUAUCAGCUUCAAUUUUCCAAUCUUUUUUAAAAGGUUUUGAACAAUUAAAUUCUAUAUCACAAGAAGUUCUCCAACAAGAUGAAGAAACUGAAUUAAUUAAAUUACAUAGAAACCUAGUUGAAAUUUCUUCAAUUUCACAAAAUGAAACUUCAGUUAGUGAAUUCUUAGCAAAUUACCUCAAAAAACAAGGAUUAACUGUGGAAACUCAAUCAAUUGAUGAUUCUGGCAAGAGACAAAAUAUUUAUGCAUAUUUUGGUGAUUCUAAAGAUGCAAAAGUGCUAAUUUCAUCUCAUAUUGAUACAGUCCCUCCAUUUAUUCCUUAUCGUAGAGAAGGUGAUUUAAUUUAUGGUAGAGGUUCAGUUGAUGCAAAAGGUUCUGUUGCAACUCAAAUUUUAUCAACUUUAAACUUAUUCCAAAAUGGUGAAAUUCAAAAUGGUGAUGUUGCCUUGCUAUUUGUUGUUAGUGAAGAAUUAGAUGGUGCUGGUAUGAAAUUUGUUAAUGAACAUUUAGAUGCUAAUUGGGAUCAUGCUAUAUUUGGUGAACCAACCGAGGGGAAAUUAGGUGUGGGACAUAAAGGUAUUUAUAAUUUUGCAAUUGAAGUUCAAGGGAAAGCUUCUCAUUCAGGUUAUCCAGAAUUAGGUAUUGAUGCAAAUACCAAACUAAUCAAUAUUUUACACAAGAUUAUUCAUUCUGAAUAUCCAACUAAUGAAUUAUUAGGUAAUUCUACAAUAAACCCGGGGAUUAUUGAUGCUGGAGUAGCAAGUAAUGUUGUUUCACCAAUUGCUAAAGCUAGAGUAUUAAUUAGAGUAGCAAGUGAUGCAUCAAAAGUUGUUGAAAUUAUUUCCAAUAUAAUUGAAGAAGAAAAUCAAGAAUAUCAUAAUAUAAAUUUAAUUCAAUCUCAAUAUUCUGAACCUGCUUAUUUAAAUUUUACAGUUCCAGGUUUUGAAUCAAUUGUCCUGGCAUAUGCUACUGAUAUUCCUUAUUUAACUAGAGAUUUUAAAUCAAGAUAUCUUUAUGGUCCUGGUACUAUUCAUGUUGCACAUUCUGCAAAUGAAUAUUUAUCAAUUAAAGAUUUAGAAAAUGCAGUUAUUGGUUAUGAAAAUUUAACAAAAUAUUUGUUACAUAAACAAGAUUAA